AUGGAGAGAUCGAGAAGACAGAGAUUGAGUGAACUCUAUGGUCCACCGGGAAGCCAGCCUUCUACUCCAAGUACUGUGCGUCAAAGGACAUUGAGAGAGAAACUUGAAUCUGAAUAUGGAUCAAGAUCAAGAGAUUCAAUAGGUUCAAUCAAAAGAGAAUCAGUUAAAGAAACCAAACCAAUCAUCAAAGAAACACAUUUAAAGAAUGCUUAUAUACACAAUCAACAACCACAAACACUAAUACCUCAACCACUAUUGGAUAUUGGAUAUCAAAAGGGAUGUGUCAUUGCUCUUUUCAUUAUUAUUCAAUCAUACAAAAUUUAUGAUCUAACGUUAUUAAAGAGUAAUUUACCAAUUGCAUCAUUUUUAGGAUUCCCAAGUCAACGUUUCAAUUUCAUUACUAAAUAUAUCCUUUAUGAUUCUGCAUUCCUUUAUUUCCUUCCAGCAUUCAGAAUCCCAUCUUUUACAUUUAAAAAAAUCACUGUUUUUUCUCAAAUUUUGGCUAUAUUAGCCAUCAAUUUAUUCUUAGUUAGUGAUCUAAGUUUCCCAAUAACAACUUUAUUAUUUCAAGCAUGGAAAACUUUAAAUCAUAAAGAUCUUACAAUCUUGGGUGGUACAAGUCGAUCUCAAAAUAAUUAUGAUCCUCAUAAACAUUUUAAAGGUUCACAUACAAUUAAGAUCUUACCAGAAAAUACUGCAUUUUUAAAUCCAUUUGGUGAUAGUUUUUGUUUACCACAAGGUGUCAAAAAUCAUAAAGUUCAUGUUCCAAUUCGUUUCAAUUCAACUUCAGAAAUUGAUUUCAUUCAAGUUAAAUAUGUUGAUUUAGAAACAAAUGUUCCAAUUUUAUUAAAUUAUACCAAAAAGGAUUUAAGAAAAUUUGAAAAAAAUGUUAAUGAUCAUUAUGAAAGAGAUUCAAUAUCAGGUCCAAAUAUUCAUUAUUUAAAUUUACCAAUUUUGAAAACUGGUUUAUAUGAAAUUGGUCAAGUUUUAGAUUCAAAAUAUCUUGGUUUAAGAAAUUAUCGUUCUUCAUUAAUUGUUCCAACUUGUCCAACUGCUAGAAUUGAUAAUUUAGAUGAAUUAGAAAAUGAUAAAUGUCAUGGUGAUUUAGAUACAGUUAAAUUUACAAUCACAGGUGUACCACCAUUAAAAUUAAAAUAUAAAAAAUUGGUAAAUCAUGAAGUUUAUGAAUUUAAUGAUCAAAGUUUACAACCUGAAUUUUUCAAAAGUCCACUAUUAAGUCAUGGUUCAUAUAAAUCUCUAAAUAAAAAACAAUUAUCUAAUUUAGAAUGGGCAAAAUCAAUUCCAGUUCAAGUUGAAUUAGAAAAUCCUGUUAAAGAUUUAGGUGAUUAUAGUUAUAAAAUUGAAGAAGUUAUUGAUGGGUUAGGAAAUUUAGUUAAUUUCACUGAAACUUUGAAAAAUAAUGAUAAUUUAUUCCAAUCCUAUGGAUUAUCUCAUAGUUUUUAUGCUCAUGAUUCACCAAAAUUACAUUUAAGUGAAAAAUUAAAUAGAAAUUCACCAACGAAAAAAUCAAUUUUUUUACAUAUUGAUUCUUCUGCUAAAGAUGCGGCACCUUAUGAAGCAACAAUUAAAUUUAUUAGUGAUGAUGAACAAAAAACUGAAGAAAUAUUCACUCAUAUUUUCACAAAUGAAAAUGAUGAAUUACCAGUGGAAAACCCAGGUAUUUAUACUUUAGAAUCUGUAAAUACUAAACAUUGUCCAGCUGUUGUUACAGGUCGUUCAAGUGUUUUGAUUUCAUUACCAGUGGUUCCAAAAUUACAAGUUAAUUCUAAACCAAUCACUGAUUCUUGUGUUGGUCAAGUUGGUCUUGUUUUUGAUUUAUCAUUUGUUGGUACUCCACCUUUCACUUUACAACAAUCUGUUCAUCGUAUUGAAAAUGGUCAAAGAAAAUUCUUGGAAACUAAAAAAUUAAUCUCACAAGGUACAAGAUAUAGAUUUUCAUAUGAACCAUCAACUGAAGGAAAUUAUGAAAUUUCAUUUGAUAAUUUAUUAGAUAGUCUUUAUUUAGAACCAAUUCAUUUAUCACCAUCAUCAGAUUAUACAUACAAGACAUCAAUGAGAGUUAAACCAAGUGCAGAAAUUCACAAUUAUCACAAGAGUGGUGCAUUAUGUCUUGGUUCCCAGGGGAAAGUUGCAAUUCAAUUGAAAGGUGAAGCUCCAUUCCAAUUAGAUUAUGAUAUUAUUGAAACUUUAACAAAUAAAAGAAUACCAUAUUCUAUAAAAGAUAUUAAAUCUAAUCGUUAUGAAAUUAAAACUCCUGCUUUUAAUGUUGGUGGUGAAUAUAUUGUUUCUUUAACCUCUGUGGAGGAUAAUUCUGGUUGUUUAGUUAAUCUGAAUGGUGCAGAUGCUAAUAUUGCAGUUAGAAGAGAAAUACCAUCUAUUGGAUUUGGUCAAUUAGAUAGUUCAACAAAGAUUAAGAUUAAAGAAGGUGAAAAGGUGGAAUUACCAAUUAGAUUACUUGGUGAAGGUUCAUUUGAUGUUACAUAUGAUUAUCAUAAUUCAAAUGGUGAAUAUAUUUCAACACAUCAUAAAUCUUUUAGAAAUGCUCAUAAAUCAAGUAUUGAUGUUACAAAAGCCGGUAUUUAUAAAUUAAAAUCUGUUAAAGAUUCAUUAUGUUCUGGUAAUGUUGAUAAAACUGAUACUUAUGAAGUUACAUAUCAUCCAAAACCUUCAUUAGCAGUUAAUGAACAAUCUAAACAAACCAAGGUUAACAAUAAUGUUUUCACUAAAGCACGUGUUUGUCAAUUUUAUGAAGAUUCUAUUGAUUUAUCACUUUAUGGAGCACCACCAUUUGUUGUUGAUUAUACAGCUAUUGAUCCAAAUGGUUAUAGAUCAUCAAAAUCAAUAUCUGUUGCUACCAGAUUUGCUUCAAUUAGAUUACCAAAUGAUAAAGGUGGUGAAUUUAAAUAUAUUAUUAAUGGUAUUUAUGAUGCAAUUUAUUCAAAGAGUGAUUUAGCUAAAAUUCGUUAUAAUAUUGAUCCAAUUACUGUUAGUCAAUCAGUUAUUUCAUCACCAAGUGGUGAGUUUAAAGAUAAGAGAAAAUCUUAUAGAACUUGUACUACCAAUUUAUUAGACCAUUCAUUAUUAGAACCAAUUAAAUUGAAUUUGAAUGGUAAUGCACCAUAUACAAUUACUUUUGAAAUUUAUCAUGAAAGCAGUUCAAAAUCUGAUUUCUUAACUUUGAAAGAUAUUAAAACUCCAAUGGAUCUUAAAGAUUUAUAUCGUGGCUUGAAAUUAGGUAAUCAUAUUGUUAAUAUUGUUAAAAUUAUUGAUGCUGAUGGUUGUAUUCAAGAGGAUUUUGCUGAAAGUAAUUACAUUUCAAUUUCUAUUACAGAUACACCAAAAAUCAGUCAAUUAGAUUCAAGUGUUAACUAUUGUGUUGGUGAUCAUAUUGGUUAUCAAUUGAUUGGUACACCGCCAUUCACAGUUGUUUAUUCAUUUAAUGGAUUAGAUUUGAAAUCUGUUGAACGUUCUUCACAAUUCUCAAGAUUAGCUUCAGAACCUGGUACAAUUGGUAUUUCAUCACUACAAGAUUCUUCAUCAAAUUGUGUUGUUAAUUUCACAUUACCAGAAAAUAAAGAUUUAAGUGAUAAAUUAACUAUAAAUGUUCGUCCAAUUCCAUCAGUUGAAGUUAGUGAAGGUGAUAUUAUUGUUCAAGAUAUUCAUGAAGGUGAUCAAGCUGAAGUUAUCUUUUCAUUUGAAGGUACACCACCAUUUGCAUUAACCUAUGUUAGAUAUGAAGAAGUUGAAGUUAAAAGAGGAAGAAGAAGAUCACAAGUUGUUGAAACUCAUACUGUUAAUGGAAUUUAUGCUUUCGAAUAUAGAGUCCUGACAAGUUUACAAGGUACAUACGAAGCUAUUGAAGUUUCUGAUGCUUUCUGUGUUGCAAGAAACGAAGAAAGAAAAUGA